AUGCCGCCCCCGGGUGCGGAGAAGGAGGGCACGGUGAGGCGCAAGAAGAAGUCGCACGCCUCCUACGCGAGCUACAUCUUCAAGGUCUUGAAGCAGGUGCACCCCAAGCUGCGCAUCUCCAAGCAGGCCAUGCUGGUCAUGGAGUCGUGCGUCGGGGACUCAUUCGAGCGCAUCGCGAAUGAAGCAAAUCGACUUUGUCGCCUGGGGAAGCGCGAGACCAUGACUUCGCGGGAGGUCCAGUCCGCGGUGCGCCUCGUCCUGCCAGGGGAGCUCUCGAAGCACGCGGUGAGCGAGGGGUGCAAGGCCGUCAUGAAGUACAACGCCAGCACGCAGGCCUGA